CGCGGGGCGGGCUCGCCGGCAGAGCCCGGGCGGGCGGCGGGCGGGAGCGGCAGCGGCAGCGGGGCGAGCUGUGGCCGCGCCCGGCCAUGAGGCACGAAGCGCCCGUGCAGAUGGCAUCUGCUCAAGAUUCCAGAUAUGGCCAGAAAGAUACAUCUGACCAGAACUUUGAUUACAUGUUCAAACUGCUCAUCAUUGGCAACAGCAGUGUUGGGAAAACCUCCUUUUUGUUCCGAUAUGCUGAUGACUCCUUUACUUCUGCAUUUGUAAGCACAGUCGGGAUCGAUUUCAAAGUAAAAACGGUUUUCAAAAAUGAAAAAAGAAUUAAGCUACAGAUUUGGGACACGGCAGGUCAGGAGAGAUACAGAACAAUUACCACAGCUUACUACCGGGGUGCAAUGGGCUUCAUUUUAAUGUAUGACAUCACGAAUGAAGAAUCCUUCAAUGCUGUGCAGGAUUGGUCAACUCAAAUCAAAACAUACUCUUGGGAUAAUGCCCAGGUUAUUUUGGUUGGUAACAAGUGUGACAUGGAGGAUGAGCGAGUAAUCUUCACCGAGAGAGGCAAACAUUUAGCAGAGCAACUUGGUUUUGAAUUUUUUGAAGCAAGUGCCAAGGACAACAUUAAUGUCAAGCAAACGUUUGAGCGACUCGUGGAUAUCAUCUGUGACAAAAUGUCAGAAAGCCUGGAGACAGAUCCCACCAUUGCUGCUGGCAAGCAGAACACACGACUAAAGGACACCCCUCCGCCACAGCAACCCAACUGUGGCUGUUAAUGCAGCUAUCAACAAAGGCAGCUCCAGUGCAUUCUGUUGCCAAUAGAGUAUUUAUGAAUGGUCUAUAUGCCUUUAUUUAUACUGUCUUAUUAAUUUAUUUGGGAGAAAAGUCUUUUAUUCUACAUCAGCAACUUGUUGAGUAUGUGUAUAGAAAUGUUAUUAGUUUGAAAGGAUGAUCAAUUUUUAGCAUCUGGCUUUUGCAUGCAAGAUGGCUAUUAUUUUCUCUUUUCUUUUUGCUGUUUUACAUUACACUUACUUCAGCUGGUGACAUGCCCUCAGACCAUGUUUACCUAGAAUUGACUUGCUUCAUCAGUUUCAAAUUUUAGAGUUGAAUCCUUAGGGUAGUAUGUAAGGUAUUUUAGAAUAAGCUUCCCGAUGCCAUUUAUAUUUCCUCCUGACUGAAAAUCAAUUUAGAAAUAUCGCUUUAAAGAGCCAAUCACUCAUUCUGUCUGGAUCAUCUGUAUAAGGUACACUUACUAGAGCAUACUGCCUUGACAAGUCUGGGCUCAGUAAGUUACACAUCAUGGCUGCUCGUAAAUUGCAGAAGUUAGAAGGAACAAACCUCCAACCUUCGUGGACCCUAAGCCACCAGACAUCCCUUUGAGAUUCCAACUGGAUGUGGGUGUUCAGUGCAGGUCCUCAGAGAUAUCAGGUACUUGAUCCUGUCUAGCUAGUUAAUACAUUUACAUUCCUGUGGGACCUGCAUAUCUAUCUAACACCUUUCUGGAACUUUACUUCUCCUUCCACCAUACAGAGACCCUGGUAGUAUCUGUCCCAGUGGAGGAGGGUUGACCAGCUCUUUACAUUUCCACCUGAAUUAAGAUAUUAAACACCCAUUACUGAUAUUACCCCUGAAACAGCCAAAUCCAUUUUGCUUAGUUGUUCAUAGCCAAAAACUGUCGUGUCAUACUGCUGUCAAACCGACACACUUAAGCUUUCAGGAAUUUCAUCUCCCAUUCAGUCAGUCAGGCAGCCACCACCAUACUGGCUGCAAAUACCUUUAUUUUGCUCAGACCUAUUGUAGAAGUGCUGCUGAUGUCAGUGAGCUGGAGUUUGAUCUCAUUUUUACUUUGAUGAGGGUAUCUUUUUUUGACAAGGCAACCAGAAAUUUCCAAAAUUUUCAAAAGUUCUAGGAGUAAUAAAUAUUAUUUCUGAAGUUAGUCUGAAUAUAUCUAUAAAAUCAGGAAAAGGCUGUGAAAUACACAAUCAACAAAAGGCAGGACAAAGCACACAAAUUCUAUUUUUAUAAAGUGUUAAAAAUAGUCAUAUUUGACAAUUUUAAAAAGUACUCUAGUAAUUGGUUGGAGUUUCUUACAUCUAUGCCCUAUAGUGCUUUGUACAGCUGCUUUAUUUGAGUCACAGUGACAUUUUUAAACUAAAUUGCAUAAUUGAGAAAGCAUUAACUGUUUUAUUGUUCCUAUUAGACAGGCUUUAGGACAGGGCUGACUUUUCUCAGGCUGUCUGCAACAGGAAAAAAUAGGAAGACAAAAAAUGGAAAGUAACAAAUGGUACUGAAAACUGCUUGAAACUGCAAAGAAAUCCUUCUAUACACAUUCAUUUUUCAAAGGUAAUUUAUAUAAGCUCCUGAAGGAUAGGAAAAUGGCCACUUUUAUUUAUUUAUUUAUUUAUUUAUUUUUACUGGCUAAAUACACAACAUAAACUUUAACAUAGUGAAAAUGACUUUCAAACAAGGCAUAUAGGCACAUGCAAAAUGGAUAUGCCACCAGGGGGCUACACUGGCUGCCUAAUUCAAAUUAAAAGAUGUUCUUUCUUCAGUCUAGGGUUUAAACCAUGUCUGUCCUGUUAACUAGCUUCCUUAAACACCUAUUUUUCUAGUAGACAAAGAGGCUGAGCAUUCACAUGCUUGAUUUUACAAAGAAAAAGUAAAAACUGCUUUCCUCUUUGGAUCAGUGAGCAGUCAGCUAGAAGAGGCAGAUGCUACCCCAACCAUAACCCUGCCUCUCUAUGGGGAUAAUGCUUUUCUCUCUCCUGUCUAAGACAGCACACUGAUAACUGUGUUGAGAGACUUUCAAUGAUACCUCUUCACCCACUAGGCACCAGCUGCUUUGAAAAAAGAAGUGGUAAGAAACCAAGGGAGAUUUGUGUGAGAUUGCAGCCAGUUCUCUGCCCUAUGCUUUGUGCUUGCUGCAGAAAAGCGAGCAGGGAAGCCUUGAGAUAACACUUAUCUGCAGCCCUCAGCCCUUUAGAAAAGGUGUAGGCAAAGCAAGGUAAGGAGAAAGGAGGACAUCACUACAUCUUAUAAAAGCUUGGGCAUGUCCUGAAUAAUGCAACACUGCUACAAGUGCAAAUAUUCAGCUUUGCUCUGGGGUGCUGGCUUCAAAACGGCUAUGUCCUGUGCACACUGUAACAAGGUAAAAAGCUCACAAGACACCUUGCUACAGCCACACCUUGAUUGUACUCCAUUGCAAUGAAUUCCAGACUCUCACUGCCUCUUUGUGACAAUGUAGUUUUUAGUCAGUGGUGGUAGUACAUUAUCAGCAUAUAUAUUUUUAAAGAAGUUGAGCGAUAGAUAAAUUAUUCUUUACUUGUAUGGGAUGAAUUAAUUGCUUUCCAUUUUGCAUCAAGGAACUGGUCAGAAGAGUAACAACAAAAUUAGAGAGUAAGAUUUUCUCCUUCCCUUUUCUGAGACAAAUAAAAUGCCAGGCUUCCAACAUGUCUGAUAUUCUGCAUGGGAUGGGAAGGAUGGGGAAAGAAGCUGCCAGAGCUGCUCAUCAGACUGCCAGCCAUGUGUUGUGAGGAAAAGGCUCACCUGAAGUAGGAGUGCAGUCACUAGACAAGAACUCCUAGGAUCUUUGUAUUAACACUCAGACUUUAUAAUAGAAUUCAGAAUUAGUCAGAUUAAUUAAAAUUAAUUUUUAAUGUGUUCACAUCAGAUCCUUGGAGGUUUUCAAGACCAGACUGGAUAAAAUUCUGAGCAACCUGCUUUGACCUCUCAGUUGGCACUGGUUUGAGGAGGAGGUUGUGCUGGAUGACCUGCUGAUGUCCCAUCCAACCUGCUUUAGCCUACCAGCCCUUCCUCUGAAAUUGGAAAUGCCUAGAUGUUUGAGUAUAACUGUAGUGAACAAUCAGGGUUACCUAUGGUUGGAAAAAUAGGUUUUGAUUUUCCAUCCAGUAGAAUGAAUUGGCUUUUGAGAAGCAUGAUAAUCUCAGUACUUCACCUUCCUCAGCUGGGACCUGGCUAUUGCAGAGGAACACAGACAGAAAGGCUUUUGGAAGUAACUUACUAUCCGUUCCCCAGGCAUUCUAAAAUUUUAGUUUGAGUUCUAGGGGAACAAGCAGGAGUGGGAUUUUCAUUCUGCUGACAAUUAUGGCUUGGCCUGUUUCAUAGUGUAGGAUGUCCAACUGAAUCCUGUGUCAUUAUAAUUCAGCUCCAAUUGACUUCUGUGAUAGAACUGCAAAUUUCUUAAAUGUGAGCAGAGGUACAUUAAUACUGAGCCCUUUGGAAAUCCCAUCACAACCUAACCAAGGACCAAAAUUUAAACAACCAGUGGAUCAUUCUUCAUAGAUUCCAGUAGUCGCUGAUUGUGCAUUAGUAAUGGGAGGAGACAGAAGCAGGGUUUGGUUAGAUCCCUGAUCUAAACACUGUUGUGGUACAGUUCUGUCAAGAAAAAGAAUCAGGCC